AUGAAGACGGUCUAUGAACUUGAAGGAUCUUCUUGCGACGAAUUAUUUCCAGCCAAAGUGAUGACCAGUGGCUUUGAUGUCAUGAAUACGAUUCCCCCUUACUUCAUUCAAGAGAAGUUUUACUAUACCUCUUGGGAGUGUAAAAUAGCUCCUGGCGUGCAUCCCGAUAUCUUGUAUUACCCAAGUGGUUGUUUAAAUCAUGUGGUCUACUCAAUCAUGUUCUCUUCUUUCAAAAAUGGGAUUGAAAAAAUCACGUUCAAAUCAAAUGAUUGUACAGGAGACCCAGAAAAAGUCGAGGAAAUUCAACUGUUUUUUUGUUAUUCACAAAAUAGGACCACCUCCUAUAUUUACGUGGCACAAAUUUAA